AUGGGAAACAUCUGCUCCAGAUCCAAAAACGAACCUGACGCCUUCGCCCAACCCGGUCGUGUUCUCGGUUCUGCCUCUGCCCCGUCUGCCUCUGGCCAGCGCGCAAACGGGCCGCGCGCCCCGCUCCCCGCAAAGGCCAACUGGGGCACUCCCGGGAGAACGUUAGGUGAUGGUCCAGGUGGCGGUGGAGGAGGUGGUGGUGAGGAUGAGGCGCGGGCAAAUGCUGCUAUAGCUGCGCAGAAACGCGCCGAGUCGAAUACCGCUGGAAGGGGGAAACUGGGGACGAAGUUGGCUGCGCAAAAGGCACAAACGCAGACGCAGACCUUGGAUCAGGUUAGUCGGGAGGAGAGGGCUGCUAGGGAUGCUGAUGGGGCUGCCACCGCGAGGAGAUGGGAUUAA